UCCAGCCCAGUAAAAUCCCCAAUUCCACGACGCUUCUCUUCGCCCCAGCGGCCCAGCUCCUCCUUCGCUUCCUCUUCGGUGCUCACAGCUCACAGAUACAGCUCCAGUUUUUACACAACCUCCAAGAAAGAACCUCAAAGAGGAAUAAGUAAUUAGAGGAUGGAGAGCACGGUGGAUGCAGCAGGAGCUCCAGUCCCGACUUCAUCUGUCCUAAUGGCAGCAGCGAAGCACAUAAGUACUCGAUGCCGCAAUGAGAAUGUUGCAUUUCUCAAGUGCAAGAAGGAUGAUCCGAACCCUGAGAAGUGCCUUGAUAAAGGCCACCAAGUUACUGGCUGUGUGUUUAGCUUGCUGAGAGAUCUCCACCAGAGUUGUAGCAAAGAGAUGGAUGCUUAUGCUAAAUGCCUGUAUUACCACACAAAUGAGUUUGAAUUUUGUCGCGAGGAGCAAAAGGAGUUUGAAAAAGCAUGCCCCAUUUGAUUAUGUAAUUACUAGAUGGCUCUGCUGAACAUACUUAUGAUCCAUCUGCUUGUAAGAUAGUGAAGUUUCAUGUUAGUCUGCAAACUCUAAUUUUUAUGAAAGUAGUCACCAAAAUUUGCUUUUUGUUUCA